AUGCUUACAGAAAACCUUGCACUGAAUAAACCAGCAGUUCAGAGCUCAACCUUUACGUCGGUAGUGAAUUUUUCCGCGGUUUUGGCUGUGGACGGAAAUACGGAUCAGAGAGCGGCCAGAAAUAGCUGUGCCAGAACGAACUUUGACCCAAUUGUUUGGUGGAGAGUGGAUCUACAAGCAACAAGAAACAUAUACAGUAUUAAAGUCUUCUAUCGGAACGACAGUGACCAACAUGGUUGUAGCAAGGAUUUUGUGUAUGGGAAGAACUGUGAUAGACCAUGUCCAGAUAACUGUCUAGGACGUGAAUGUCAUAUAGUGACCGGAUAUUGUCAAGAAUGCAUCGACGGAAGGCAGGGUCAGCAAUGUGAUAAAUGCAAUGAUGGUUUCUUUGGUCCUAACUGUACCACACACUGCAGUGAGUUCUGUAAUAACGUAACAUGUGAUAGCUCUACAGGGGAGUGUUUGUUUGGUUGUGCGGCUGGCUUCACAGGAUUACAAUGCAAUACAAGAUGCAUUGGAGGAAACUAUGGAGAAAAUUGUAGCAGUGACUGCGGCCAUUGCGUUAGGGGUAAAAUGUGUGAUCACGUUUCUGGUUUAUGUGAAGGAGGAUGCGCGGAGGGAUACAAAGGUCAAAUUUGCAAAACACCUUGUAGCCAUGGAGAAUAUGGCAAAAAUUGCUCGCAACGAUGUAGCAGUAAUUGCUUAAAUGGAGAAAUCUGCAAUCCUUUUUAUGGGAGAUGUAUCAGCUGCACCCCAGGUUGGAAAGGCCUACUUUGUAAGGAAGGUAGGUUUUAG